CCAACAGAUGAACAGAUGAAGACUGGUCACUCCUGGAGUUCCCAGGACCCCCGGAUACAUAGUUCAAGGAUCUCAGGAAGCUGGAACUGGCCCCGGAAGGUCUCGGCACGUGCCAAAAAGUAGAGCAGGCGCCAGGGUGGCCACCAGGGGGCCAGCUGACGGUUCUAAGUACCCGUCCCGUCGGUGAGGAGGCAUCCGGGUAGGGAGCUGGGUUGCUGAGGACUGGCCGAGGAAACUGGACCAGGGCACAGCGCGACGAGAACGUAUCCAGCAGGGCCAGUAGAAGCCGCGCAGGAAUUUCAGGGACUUUGAAUAUGUCGGGGAUUGCCCUCAGCCGACUUGCCCAGGAAAGGAAAGCUUGGAGGAAGGACCACCCUUUUGGCUUUGUGGCUGUCCCAACAAAGAACCCUGAUGGCACGAUGAACCUGAUGAAUUGGGAGUGCGCUAUCCCUGGAAAGAAGGGGACUCCAUGGGAAGGAGGCUUGUUCAAACUGCGGAUGCUUUUCAAAGAUGACUAUCCAUCCUCACCACCAAAAUGUAAGUUCUGCAGAGAGGUUGCAGUCCCCUUCCCAGAGCCUCCCUUUGGGAGCCGGAUGCUCUGCCCAGCAGGCAGGUGUCAGUGCUGGGAUAAAAGCAUUUUUGGUAAAUUUGAGCCACCACUGUUUCACCCAAAUGUGUAUCCUUCUGGCACAGUGUGCCUGUCCAUCCUGGAGGAAGACAAGGACUGGAGGCCAGCUAUCACGAUCAAACAGAUCUUAUUAGGAAUACAGGAACUUCUUAAUGAACCAAAUAUCCAAGACCCAGCUCAAGCAGAGGCCUACACAAUUUACUGGUUAGUAGCAACCACCCACUGGCUAACCUUCCUUCCCUGGAAGUUCAGACUGGCUGCCUGUAGGUAGGCGCUCUGGGGUGUUAGACUGCCUCAGGGAGGCUCUGAGGAAGAGGCGCAAACUCCCACUUGGUGGCAGAACUGCACUAGGUGACCAUGGAAUGUAGUCAGAAUCAUCAAGGAAAUUGUACGUGUCUGACAACGUACAUAGCAACAGAACUAUGUGUGCAAGGAGCUUACCCUGAGCCAGAACGGGACCAGAGCGUGGUGUACGGUAAGAUGACAGGUACAGAACAAGUGAUGUGGGUGCUGGUGGACAGUUCAGUGUCUGUGGCCUGCUGCAUGACAGCACAGUCUUCUUGCUAGGACAGUGCUCUGGGCUCUGCAUCUGCUGAGGAGGAUGACAUCAUGUAAACAUCAAGUUAGAAUUUGAAUGACAGUUGAACCAGUACUGUAGGCAGCAAGGAAAACCCUUGAAAAUAGAGGUUCCAUGUUUUUAGUGUCCUGGACUUCUACCCCCACCCCGCCCCCUCAUCCUCUGGGCUAAUGUGUGGGGACAUAAUGAAGCUAGGUUGGGAGUCUGGUGACUUCCAGGGAGGUAAAAAAGAAUUCUCUGCCUCUGAAUUAGAAUGACACCAAAAUGAGAGCUGACCAAACUCGCUGUGUGUGCUUUAUCUUCGCUGUCUACAAGGAUCCCGCUGAUCUAGGCAAGCACUGAAGUAAUUCUGGCUGAGACUCCCAAGAUUGGGUCCAUUGCAGGGACCUUGAACGCUGCUCUCCCUGUGUCUUAGGCACCAACCCUCUACUCCUCCCAAUAGGAGUAGAGUCCUAGGCACCUCUAUUUUAGCCUGUGACCCUAAUGAGAUCCAUCUCCCCACUGGAUCUGCUUUCCCAAGAACUAAGCAGGAAGAGGGAGGAAUGGUAUGCACUGUAUUCUUCAGGGGAGAGACCAGAGGAAAGUGGGGCACAUGCCCAGCCUUGGUGCUUGUGUGCUGUCGCCUUUGGUGACCAAGGUAGGCCUGCCUAGAAUGGUCCCUAGAACCGUGGGACUGCAGCUUACACUGGUGCUUUGCCUGCUCUGCACUGAGCACCUGUGCUCCAGGCUUUUCGGGGCCUGACCCUUGUGUGGGAUGCUGUUACUGGCCUGUGUGCCUCAUGAAGCAGGUAUGCUCCUACCAGACCCUUGGAACCUCUCACUGGGCUAGUGCUUAGCACUGUACUCUGCCUUGGACCUGGCUCUGUUCACAGCUGGUUCUCACCUAGGUAACAUGGGCUCUGUUCUUCCAGCAUUUAGUUCACUUUUCAAUGGCGGGCUUACUUUCUGCUGCAUCAUCCAGAUCUCUCCCUGGCUUGCUUUGUAUGCUUGUUUUCACAUAUAUGGAGAAGCUUCAUGUCCCUCUUUCCUGAGUGACUGUUGCCUUGCUGUCAUUGUCUAGUGUCCUUGUUUAGUGAAUAGCGGUGCUGCUGGAUGAGCGCUGGGCUGCUGUCCCCAUGGUAGCAACAGCCCCCUCCUGGGACUAGCAUGUGCUACUAAGUAUUAUGUCCUCCCUGCUAGGGUUUUGGUACUGGGCCUUUCUGGGGUGACCUUGGCACAAGAACCUGUCAUUUGCACCUUGGCUAUCCUGUCUAGGUUUUGAGAGUGUCUGUAAACUCUGAGGCUGGGCAGCUUGGGCUCAGGCUUGCUCUAGAGGCACUUGGCUAUUGCAGUUCAUGCAGAUGUCUUCUUGUUCCCAUGGUCCUCAAGGUCACAUUGUUCCUUAUGCCAAUUUUCUGUUCCUACACACUGUGCAGGCCAGCCUAGGUCUGAAGUCUCAGCAGUGGGUACAUGCCUUCCAUAUUGAAAGCCUUCACAUGUUCUUACUGAGCAAAACCUAGUGUCUAUGGGCUAUUCUCCACUUGAUAGCCCUGUCUCAUGCUUGCUCAUUAUAGCUGAUUAAGACCAGUUGUGCGGGCUGGAGAGGCGGCUCAGUGGUUAAGAGCACCGGCUGCUCUUCCAGAAAUCCUGAGUUCAAUUCCCAGCAACCACAUGGUGGCUCACAACCAUCUGUAAUGAGAUCUGGUGCCCUCUUCUGGCCUGCAGGCAAACAUGCAGAUAGAACAAAGCUUUUUUUAAAAAAAUAAAAGAAGAAGAAGAAAAAGAAAACCAGUCUUGCUAAAACUUGCUAGGUGGAGAUGCACACUCCUGGCUGUACCGGGAGACUGGGGUGAGAAGGUCACUUUAGCCAAGAUUUCUUGGCUACGAUGUGCUGAGUUCACCGUGGUUCUGGUUUCCCGGUAGUGGAACUGGCAGACUGCACUUAGAAGUCAGUGAUGGGAGUGUUGUGAGUGCCAUUGCCCUGCUCCAGCCGGAGGCUAGACAAGCACAGGCAAUGACACCGCAGGAAGCUAGGGCCACUUUGUCUUCUAGGUGGUAGUCUCUGUUCUGUCCCUAAGGGGUUGAGGUGGCCACAGAACUUCUCAGUGGAGGUUGCUGCCUCUCCUGUCACAGUAACCACCAGGUACAGCCACUUUACUGCCCUGCCCCUGAGUGGGUCAUGUUAUCACCCUGUCUAACUGUGUUUUCUCUCUUGACCUCCUCAGCCAAAACAGAGUGGAAUAUGAGAAAAGGGUUCGAGCACAAGCGAAGAAGUUUGCCCCCUCAUAAGCAGCGGCCCUAUGGCUCCAUGACGAGGAAGGGAUUGGCUUGGCAAGAACUUGUUUACACCUUUUGCAGAUCUAAGUCGCUGCGUACAGUUACUAGUCGCCUGGGAGGGUUGAGCGGGCGCCAUUUUCCAUUUCCGCCACUGGCAUAUACAGUCUCAAUUCGCUGAAUUGCCCCAGUUUUUCAUACAGGGUCUCUUCCUUCAGUCUUUUGUAUUUUUGAUUGUUAUGUAAAACUUGCUUUUAUUUUAAUAUUGAUGUCAGUAUUUCAACUGCUGUAAAAUGAUAAACUUUUGUACUUGGUAAGCCCCUAGGAGCUAGUUUCUUCGCGCUCGGAUGCAGGCAUGCUUCCCACUGUUCAGAGCUCUGGCCUCCAGCUGGCUGUAUGACAGAACCACACUGUCCCUCCCUCCCCACCCUCGACCUCCUCUGAAACCUGGGCUGUUGCUUAUGAGCCUCAGAUCCAAAGUUGGCCAGCGUCUCCAUUCUGCAUCACUUCCUUUGUGUUUAUAUGGCGUUUUGUCUGUGUUGCUGUUUAGAGUAAAUAAACUGUUUAUAUAAAGGUUUUUGUUGCAUUAUCAUCAUUAAACUGUGAGGAGGGACUUCAGUAUGCCUGGCCCUCCUUAUGUGGCUGCGGCCCUUGCCAGGACCAGCACCUAGGAGUUCUCCCAGCUUCUGCUAGAGUUGUGCCCAUGCCACAUGCAACUCCAUCUUCAUCUGGUUCUUUGUAAAUAGGACUGUGUACAGAGGUGUGUUCUGUUCUCCCCACCUGGGUCUUUGGGCCUUAAGGUACCAGGCGGCGUGAGACCCUCAAGAAGUCGGAAUCUGCACACAGCCUUCGUAAACUCAGCAGGGUGAAAGACUGGCUGAUCCAGACCAAGGCUGUGGCCAAGUGAGGGCCAAGGACACAGUGGUCUGCAUUGAUCUCCCUGCCUGCCAAUUGUACUGUGAGCCCCACUGGGCGCUGGUAGCUGGCUUCAGGCCUUUUGAUGUCCUGCCCUUGCACCCUGGAGAAGGCAACCCCACCACCAGCUCUGGCAAACAGCAGGUCCUUGUCUAGAGCACCUGAGCACAUGACUCCUGCACCUUCUGGCCAGCAUUCAGUCCCACCCUGCAACCCAGGGGACCAGACCGGUUGUGGCCUCGGCACAGGAUGACCUCAGGGACCGCUGUCCAUAUACUCUGUUGGACCUGGUCUAGGGAGAAACUUAUCAAUGGCCUAUAGCCCAUGCCUGGGCCAGGCUGGAUCUGUGAUCUUUGGGCUUACAGAGAGAGCACAGGGAGUGCAGUGGACACAGCCAGUGAUCACAGUCUCCAUCAGACUUGUUCCUGAGACCCCCUGGAAGACCCUUGGCAUGGGAACCAGUCACCAGUGGCUCAAGUUCAGGGACCAAGCAAGGGAGGCCUGGGCCCAUGCCCAGGUCUGCAGCCAGGGACCUUCACUCUGAAGUUGGAGGGACUUGUACUCCCACAGCUGGUGGUGCCCACAUGGACUGGGUUACCAGCGCCUUGUGGGUAUGUUUAGCCACCACAACAGUCUGGAACUGAGUUUGGAUGGACAGUUGCAGUUGGUGGCACGGGGCCUCACCUGGGGAGUUCAGGCCGAUGUGUGUGUGUAUGGCCUGCUCUCCCAGAAUGUCUUAUUUUGUAACAACUGACUACAUUUAGUAAUAGGUACACAUGUAUAUGGUUAAUAUAUGGAAAUUCAAUAUAUUUUAUAGUUAAAGUAUUCUAAAGUAACUGAUGUUUCUAGCAAGCUGUAGUGACUCCGGCUAUGGAAUGUUCCUUUGUCCCACAGUCCUUGGCUUACCAGAGAUGUGAAUUUUGUAACAUGAGAACAUGGUCUAUGACCAUCCUGUGUUCAGGUGGUGGGGAGGAGGGUAUCCCAGCAUGAGGCCUCAUUGGUAAGGAAUUGUGGGCAACAGAUUAACCACUGUAUCUACAAAUCUCCAAUUAAAACAUUUCCACA